AUGGUGGCAGUUAUCAACUUUAAUAUUGGGGUUAAUUUUAAAGAUGCUUUUAUCACCGAGGAAAGAACCCUUACCAAAAAAGUUAUUGGGGUGCUGGAAAGUAAGGGCAAGGAUGAAAAAAUAGACCCCGAGGAAAUAAAGAGCAUAUUAAACAAGAAAUACAAUAGCGUUAGCGAGCAGCAAACCAAAGUUAAAGACAGCAUCGAGGAGGGAUUAAAAGGAAAGAAUAGUUUAGCCAAAAAAGAGGCUAUUGAUUUAAUCAAAGAAGCAGGCAAAGACUCCAAGAACAAAACCAUUUUCCACAAAAAAGAUUUUAAGUUUGAAUUUAACCUUUUCGGUUGGAAAAUUGUUGAAAGAACCGAUUUACACCUAAUUAAAGGAUUUGGUUUUAUUCCCCGUAUUCUUAUCGAAAGAGACUUAAAAAAAGACUUAUUUCGUCAAUUUAUUCGGGCUAAAUAUCCAAAUUCUUCCGAAGUUUCUCGCAACCUAAUAACUCAAUUUGCGGGCGAUUUAGAUAGCAUUGCCCGGAGCAUUUGGUUCAUUCCUAAUCUGUUAGUAGAGAUUUUUCUCUUUGCCAAAGCGGCUAAACUAAAUAUUGCUGCUAAAAAACGUUAUGAGGAGGACAAUAAAGUAAUUUACGAAAGAAUUAAUAAUUUAGAAUAUAUUAAAGCAGUUCCUAAUUAUGUUAUAAUACCUAAUAUACCGAUAACUUUCGUGGCUCUCGUGGCUGGUUUCACUAACAAAGAAGGGCAAAGAGACGAGGUUUUUUUCUUGGCUAAUUUUAUUCGCUACUAUGUUACAGCACAAAAACUAAAUAGCGAAAUGAAUAAAAUAGUUGAUAGUUUAAUGACUAUCGAUGACCUUUCCAGUAAUUUAACUAUUGUCAACGAGAGUGCUAAAAUCCUCAACCAAGAGACCGCACCGGUCGCCUUGCCAACACUUCCUUCUAAAAAUAUUCCUUUCCAAAACGGCGACUUAAUUUUUCAAAAUGUUGUAUUUGCUUAUCCGAAACGACCCCACCAAGAUAUUUUACGUAAUUUUUCCUUCCAUUUCGUUCAAGGAAAAAUCUAUGGUAUUGCUGGAAAAAAUGGAAUUGGUAAAAGUACUAUUACCAAAACUAGUUUGAAACUCUACGAAAUAAAAAAAGGAAAAAUUUUAAUUGGUAAAAAUAAUAUUCAAGAAAUCGAAACCGACAGUCUUCACCAACAUGUUUGCUACCAAACUAACCGCCCGACUUUUUUUCGAAUGAGUAUUGCCGAAAAUGUUUAUUAUCCAAAUGAAUAUAACAAAAAUGAUUUAGAAAAAUUAGUUGCUGCUGCUAAAAAAACUGGUAUUUAUGAUUUUGUUAACAAACUUCCAAAUGGUUUUGAUACCAUAUUAAGGGAAGGGGGAACAGACUUGUCCGAAGGACAGAAACAACAAAUUAUGGCUAUGAAAAUGUUUAUUCGAGAUUAUGAUAUUUACAUUUUAGAUGAGAUUUUAAGCAACGUUCACCCUGUUUUAAAAGAAACUAUUCUUGCCAAUAUUUUUGCUAAGAUAAAAGGUAAAACUGUUUUAGUAAUUGACCACCAUUAUAGCAUUUUUAACUACGUCGAUUAUGUUUAUCAGUUUACCGGAGAGAAUUUAAUUAAAAUGGAAAAAAGCGACUUUACAAAAGUUAGUUAA